AUGUCCGACGACGCGCCUAGGAAGCGUUCGCGCUUCGAUCAAACAGAACCUGAACCCCGAAAAGCGUCGCGAUUCGACCGCCGCUCUCGAUCCCCUUCCUCUAGGCUAUCUGAAUCCAAAAGAAGUCGCAGCCCCCUCGCGAAAGGCAGCCAAAGUCCUGGAGCUGGCGAAAGACGCAGUACUUCUCUCGAUCCUGCUGCGGCAGCAGCUGCCGCCGCUGCUAAAAUCAACGCCGAGUUGCAAGCUCGCAAAGGCAUUCAGCAUGUCGAUGUCCCUCCUGUUCGAUCAACAUCCACGCCCACACCCGCUCCGAAACCUACUACCCCUUCUGGUCCAAGCACCGGUAAAGUCGACGGCGAAAUCUACAUUGCGGAUGGUGAUUACAUUAAAGACAUUGAAGUCAAUGACUUGCGCAAUCGGUACACCUUGACUAAAGGCUCUACGCAAAAGAUGAUCAAAGAGGAAACUGGAGCUGAUGUUACAACGCGCGGCUCAUAUUAUCCGGAUAAGAGCAUGGCUACUGCGGCGAAUCCACCCUUGUAUCUUCAUGUCACCAGCACCUCCAAAACUGGCCUCGAGAAAGCUAUCGCAAAAAUCGAAGAGCUCAUGAAACAGGAACUUCCCAACCUUGUUGACGAGAGGCGCUUUCGUCGUAGGGAACCUGAACAGUUUGAACGGGACGAGUUUGGCCGGAGAAAAUGGCCUGAAGAGCGAAUUCCAAUCGACAUGGAAAACAUCCCGGGUUUCAAUCUCCGCGCUCAAGUGGUUGGCCAAGGAGGUGCUUAUGUCAAACACAUUCAACAAGAAACUGGCUGCCGGGUCCAAAUCAAAGGUCGCGGAAGCGGUUUCAUGGAACACAGCACAGGCCAGGAAUCAGACGAACCGAUGUAUCUCCAUGUGGCCGGACCUCAACCUGCUCAAGUUCAAAAAGCUAAGGAACUGUGUGAAGAUCUUCUAGCCAAUGUGCGCGUUAAUUUCGAACACUUCAAGGCUAACCCACCACCUCAAAGAAUGGAGUCAUACACGGAUGGAUAUGGAGCUGAUGCCAAUCGUAGCUCUUAUGGCGGAUACGGACGAGAUAGGGGUCGUGAUAACAGUUACUCACACCACAGCAACAGUUACAAUUCUCCAUAUUCCGGCACUACACCAGCCACUCCAGCGCCCGGAACAUCUGCUUCUCCCUCGGAUUAUGCAGCACAAUACGCUCAAUAUUAUGCCAGUCAACCUGGCGGAGAUCCUUAUGCAGCAUAUGGUGGCUAUCAGAACUAUGUUGCCUAUUAUCAAUACUAUCAACAACAAGCUGCUGCGACUGCUGCUCAACGACCAUCACCACCCCCGCCCCCUCCAGGUGAUUCAAAUCCUCCUCCGCCUCCAGAUAAUUCAGCUGCACCACCUCCGCCACCACCUUCUGGUUAUUCGGCCGUUCCACCGCCUCCCGGACUGUGA